CCGCCGCGUUGAAAACAUCUUUGUUCUAGAGGCCAGCGAGACCCUGACUUCUUGUUAACGAGCAGUUGGCAGUGUUCGUGCGGAUUUUCGCGGUCCAGGUCCCAACCGAAAGUGAAAAGAAAGCUUGGCAAGGCCAUACAAAGAGGAUUAAGACCGGGGCGAGCUGCAGGAAUAAUUGUGGCAUUGUUUGCCAGCACCUUUUAUAAGGUGUUUGACUGUCACGCCGCCGGAAAGUCGGGAGGCCGGGAGUCGUUUGUGUGUCGGCAUGCGUGCCAGUCAUUUGCAUAAAUUGGCCAUCUAACUCGAGUCCUUUUUUUGCCGGUUGUGAAUGCGAGUUUGCCAAACAUUCCGAGAGCCGAAAAACAAGCUAAGUUCUUCGCGUGAGCAUUUAAAUAGCCCUGCUACGAUGGCGGGCUCAAGCGCUCUGCGGCCCGUUCUGCUGGCUGUGCUGGUGGUACUCCAGAUUUCCGUGGCAACCGUGGGUGGAGCCGCCACUGCUGGGGUAGUCCUCAGCGAUGUGAACAACAUGUUGCGUGACGCUAAGGUAAUGACCUCGGAGAAGCCCCUCGCGCACCCCAAACCGGAAACAGAAGCGCCGGAGUCCAGCGUGGAGCUUCUGCGCUUUGUCGAGGAUGACGAGGACGGCGAGGACCUCAGCUCCGUGGAAGCCCCGUGGAACGACAGCCGAAUGGCCGACCAGGUGCGCCUGCUGACCAAGCAGCUCAACGCCCUCAUGCUGCGGCGCCGCGAGGAUUACGAGAUGCUGGAGCACAAUCUGCGCAAAUCCCUGCGGCUCACCAACAAUGCGGCCAGCGUGGAUGCCGACUUGCGCAGCGAACUGAACCAGCUCAGGGAGGAGGUGGCUUCGCUGCGCUCCUCGCAGAGUGGCAACAAGGAGCGGCUGACCGUCGAGUGGCUGCAGCAGAGCAUCUCCGAGAUCCGCAAGCAGCUGGUGGAUCUGCAAAGGACGGCCGGCAACGUGGCCAGGGACGUUCAGCAGCGCAGCUCUUCCUUCGAAGACCUGGCCACCAUCCGCAGUGACUACCAGCAGCUCCAGCUGGAGCUGGCCGCCCAGCGGGAGCGCCAGCAGCAAACGGAGGUCUACGUCCAGGAGCUCCGCGAGGAGGUGCUCCAGCAGGAACAGGACUUCCAGCACGCCCUCGUCAGGCUGCAGAAGAGCACCCGCACGGGUGGCAGCUCGGCCAGCGUGGAGGAGGAGAGCAGCAGCCAGGAAGCCAGUCAGGAGCCCACUGUACUAGAAUCCACUGCUGAUCACAGGCGACGUCAUUGUCGUUUCCAGAGCGAGCAGAUCCACCAGUUGCAGAUGGCUCAGCGCAACCUGCGCCGCCAGGUGAACGGACUGCGGUUCCACCACAUCGACGAGCGAGUCCGGAGCCUCGAGGUUGAACAACACCGCAUCGCCAAUGCCAACUUCAACCUGAGCAGCCAGAUCGCCUCUCUGGACAAACUGCACACCUCGAUGCUGGAGCUGCUCGAGGACGUGGAGGGUCUGCAGACCAAGAUGGACAAGAGCAUCCCCGAGCUGCGACACGAGAUCUCCAAGCUAGAAUUCGCCAACGCCCAGAUCACGUCCGAGCAGAGUCUGAUCCGAGAGGAGGGCACCAAUGCGGCCCGAUCCCUGCAAGCCAUGGCCGUGAGUGUGAGUGUCCUGCAGGAGGAGCGCGAGGGGAUGAAGAAGCUAUCCGUCAACGUGGAUCAGCUGAGGACCAAUGUGGACCGACUGCAGUCACUGGUCGACAAUGAACUGAAGAACAAACUCUCCCACCUGAACAAGCCCCACAAGCGACCGCAUCACCAGAAUCUCCAGCUGCAGACGCCUCAGGAGGACUCCUCAUCCCCCAUCAACUCCGUCCUGGCCGAGACCCUGGUAAGCGAGCUGGAGCACGUGGAGGCCCAGUACGAGACCAUCAUCAACAAGCUGCCGCACGACUGCAGCGAGGUGCACACCCAGGCGGAUGGACUGCAUCUGAUUGCGCCAGCGGGCCAGCGACAUCCGCUAAUGACGCACUGCACCGCCGACGGCUGGACGACGGUGCAGCGGCGAUUCGACGGCAGCGCCGACUUCAACCGUUCGUGGGCGGACUACGCCCAUGGAUUCGGAACACCCGGCGGUGAGUUCUGGAUUGGCAACGAGCAACUGCACCACCUGACCCUGGACAACUGCAGCCGGCUGCAGGUGCAGAUGCAGGACAUCUACGACUACGUUUGGGUGGCCGAGUACAAGCACUUCUACAUAUCCUCCCGCGCCGACGGCUAUCGGCUGCAAAUCGCCGAGUACUCCGGGAACGCCAGCGACGCACUGAACUACCAGCAGGGCAUGCAGUUCUCGGCCAUCGACGACGACCGGGACAUCUCGCAGACGCACUGUGCUGCCAGCUAUGAGGGUGGCUGGUGGUUCUCUCAUUGCCAGCACGCCAAUCUCAAUGGGCGCUACAACAUGGGCCUGACUUGGUUCGAUGCCGCUCGCAACGAAUGGAUAGCGGUCAAGUCAAGCCGGAUGCUGGUCAAGCGCCUGCCCGCCGACGAGUGCCAAGCGAGUCCAGUUGUCGCUGCCGCUGACGCUGCCGUUUCCGUUUCCGGAUCGGCUGCUGGUGCUGCGCCGUCUGAGAUGGGCGGUGUCAGUGCCAGUGCCACAGGAGCAACAACAGCAUCGGCAGCGUCGGCGGCGGCAACGACGUCGAGACCCCCCAGCAACAACAGUGUGGUGCAGUUCGUGGCCGCCGGGCAGGCGUAAGUGAGCCGAUGAAAACCGCUACAGUGAACCACCACAGCCAUGCCUACUAUAGUUGGGAGUCCACUGUUUGUCUGUGGGAGGCGGAUCUAAAAGAUCGGGGCUGGAUUAGUGUAAAGUAAGCAGCCAGUGGCCCCUCACACCCUUGUAAAUACACCCCAGCAGAUCAGACCUAAGUUGUAGAAUUAGCCCUUCGAACGGAGCUUACUCUGGCCCCAGAGCCUAGCCGUAUGCGUAAACUAGUUGGCCACCCCCGGGCCCUUUAGCCCGUAUAAAUAUUCGAUUCUUUGGUCUUUCAAGAAGAUCUCAUAGAGGCUUAAGUUCCGCGGCGGCUCAAACUAAAGCGAGAGCGACAGAGACAGAGGCAGAGAGCAUAUCACUUAGGGAGUGCCGAGUUAGUGUCUAGAUAUAAUCGUCCCAUAAAAAAAACUUAAACUAAAACUAAUCUAGAUGUAACGUGUAAGAGGCCCAUUCUCGCAUGGGCUCAUGUCAGACAAAUAAUAAAUAUACAGACGGACGCGCGGGGAGGAGGGGAGAUCUUUCUAGCCUAAGUCACCAUAUCAGUCAUAUGAAGUACAGAUCUACUAGAUAUAGCGUUGGCAAAUGUACUUGUAAUUGUUGUACCAUAUAAUAGUCUCUACGCAUUCGUUUUCCCGCUUACUAAGUGUCUGCUUCAGUCCAAACCAACCUACACAGUUGCCCCAACCGAUGGAGUCGCAUGCCAAAGAGAUCAAGUCAGAAAUAGAAACAAAUAAUAUGCAAGUUUUUACGAACAAGAGGAACUGAAAACUAUUUUCUGCAGUUUUGCAUAUACCAAAAAUAAAGAAUAUACAAGAGUAGUGAGCGAGGGCAAGAAACCACAAGAGCUAAAGAAAUGCAUUUAGCCAGUAAGUUAUGAACCACAUUAUGUAUACAUUAAUUUUAUGUCCUGUAAGUUAAGCCACCAAUAAGGAAAGCCACAAAGCGUGGCCCCUAGACAGGCGUAUUUUACAAUAAAUGGAUUGAUGUGAAAA